AUGGAGAUUAAAGUUGUUGAAGCAGAAGGAAUAAUUCCGGGAGGAAGGUGCAUGCACACUAUCAAAGCCGUAGCCGAGAAGUGGCUGGCAGUUUUUGGGGGUCGACGUAUAGCAUAUGAGAAUAAUGGGGAUGAUGAACCGAUAUAUUACGACACGAAAGAUCUCUAUCUAUUCUACAUCCCAUAUGCAACAUGGAUUUUUCCUACAACAUUGUAUUCGACGCCAUAUCCACGAUCGUAUCCCGCCUGUGCUGCUGUCGAUUCAGCAUUAUACAUAUACGGCGGACAGCAAUUAAUAUUUACGACUGGAUCUAGACGAGAAGGCGACGACCACAAAGAAUUGAAUGCAUCUUUUAGCAAGGUUGAAAGCGCCGCCUGUGAAAGUAGAAGAUACUUAAAAGAUAGCGUACACGAUGAUGAGAAUUUAUGGUGUUUUCGAAUUCAUGAUUUCCGGCCAGAUUUAUCUUCCUCUGUCAUGUUCAAAACUUCCCAAAAGUUAGGAACAUUGCAUUCGGGCACUAUAAACGAUGCAACCGCGACGACAAGCAUAAAUUCAAAUUUUCCGGCUUCGGAACAACCUUCUCGUGCUCAUUCAUCCGUCCCCUUUUGGGAAAAACACAUAUCGCCGCGUGCAAAUAGCUUUUUUUCCGGAAGGCGACAAGAGUGGGUUAUGACGAGGGGAGAAUCUGUGGGAAGAUGUUGUGGCGCAGCAAUGGUAGGAACGGCAAAGAAGUUAAUUCUCUUUGGUGGAUGGGAUAAAGAUCGAUGGAACUUAGAGGAGAAUACGUACGAGGCCAAAAAGAAAUGUGACAGUUUUAUAAGUGGGUCAGAAUUUGCAAAUCGAUCAAGUGAUUCAAAAGAGAUUAACAAUGGUAGCUUGGAAAAUACUGGAUCACUCAAUACUUCCCGCAACAUGCAAUCACGUGAACUAUCUCAAUCAUCUCACCAAGCGUUGCAAUAUUCCCGGAUGAAUCAAUCCCUGUAUUUUACGCAGCAUCAAUCACAGUCUCAACCUACAUCUCAUUUAUGCUUGCCUUUAUUCAACGAUUCUUCCCCAAAAGGUACGUAUAACACAACCAGACCUUGGGAAUUUCUCAGAAUUUACCUAUUGGAGAGGAAUUACUGGAUACAUUUACGUGUCAAGGGCUUGCCCGAAAUGGAAUGUGUGGCGUUUCUAUCUGACAAUUCUACUCAUUCGAAUGGUUUGUUCGUUGUAGGCCGAACGAGGGAUGCAAGCAAUCGUAUUAUUAUGGGAUGGAUUAAGGAUGAAUGA